UGAGUUUUCACGGACGCGUCGCGAGCUUUUCUCUCUCCCCCCCCACAACUUCUCCCCCACUUUACCUCCGGACCAGCCUGUGAUGGGUCGCUCCGCUGCUCCACGCAACCUGCGCCCAUUUUAACAAGCGUUUGCGUGUUUUUUUUUUUUUUUUAAAACCUCCUUCCCCCCCUUUUUGGUUUUGUUUCUCCAUUCAAAGUCAGCGGGAUGGCUGAGAGGGAGCCCGGGUCGCCUGGGAAACUAAAGACAUUAUCAUAGCCGACGCUGUCUUUUUUUUUUUCGGAAUACGGGGACAAUUUCUUUUUAUAACUUUCCCCUGUGUGGAUAAUGGAUGGCAGAGAUUUCGGACCUCCCCGAUCCGUCCACGUACCACCUCCGUUGUUGGCGGGGCUCGCCAUGGAGUCUCACCGACUCGGAGCAGCAGCAGCAGCCGGGAGGAUCCCUCCCUCGCCCGGUCACUUGGGCGCGAGUCACCCGCCGCCUCUCCACUCUGGAAAAUUCUUGCCAUCGGCCAUUAACCUCCAUCCACACCACAGCGAUGCCUUCCCGACAGGCUCCGGUCACUUCCUGUCUGGUUAUCCAGGCCCCUCCCCCCUGACCUCUGACCCUGCGUACAGAUCGGCCAAUCCCAGCAGCCUGCAGAUGGCUCAGCUCUGGGCAUCACACCCUCAUGAAGGCUACUCCCCGCUGCCCAGCAGCCUGUACUCCAGCCCCUACCUGUCCCUGGGGCACCUUGAACCUCCCUCGCUGUCGCAGCACCCUCUCUACGACUCACAUAAAGAGGGUUUCUACCUGCCGGCCUCCUUGAGCCAGUCUCCUCUCCAUCCUCCGGCUGCGCCCCCGGCCGCCCUGUCCAGCUCCACGCCCCCUCAGAGGACGUCCCGGGACUGCGGUAGGGACCGGCUCUACCGGGCGGAGAGGGAGAGAGAGAGGGACAGGGAGCGGUCAAGAGAGGAGCUGCGGUCAAGAGAGGAGCUGCGGUCAAGAGAGGAGCAGCGGUCAAGAGAGGAGCAGCGGGCAAGAGAGGAGCUGCGGUCAAGAGAGGAGCAGCGGUCAAGAGAGGAGCAGCGGCCUCACAGUGUGGUGGACCUGACACAAGAAGGGCGGAGCGAGGAGGAGCGCCGGGCGAGGAGUGGGGACCGGGAGCGCGAGAAAGAAAGGGACCGGGACACGGAGAGAGACAGAGAUGGUUGGUCUUUUCAUCCUCACCUCCACCAGCAGAAAUCACACUCUCAUCCCUCAACAGUGGAGGCCAGAUCCAGGCCUUCUCCUCUACAGCCCACCUUCCCUUCACCUGGGGGUGCGGGCAGGUUCCAGGUACCAGAAAUGGACAGGAGGAGUCGGGAUGAAGAGGGCGGCUCUCGACCCCAUCACAACCAUAACUCAAAUAACUCAAACUCUCAACCAGACAGACUGAGGCGGAGCGAUUCUGCGGCCACGUCGGCUGCGAAUCUCCAAAUCUCCUACGCCCUUCCGCCUGCGCUAGCUGGUCUGCCCCACCCCUCCACGCCCAGAGACCCUAACAGAGAACAGCGAGUCACUGCACCGACAUAUGUGCCUUCUGUGGAGGUUUACGACGAGCGGGCUGGGCCGAUCCAGAUCGCCUCACAGGCCCGUGACAAACACAGAGAGCGUGAGCGGGAGAGAGACAGAGAGCGUGAGCGGGAGAGAGAAAGGGAGCGUGAACGGGAGAGAGACAGGGAGCGGGAGCGUGAACGGGAGAGCUACAGGCUUCCUGAGAGGAGCCUGAUGGAUCAUCCUCGACUCUCCCAGUCUGGCGAUUCAAGCAAUCAAAGAGAGGAAGGUUCAGUCAUUUGUUCCAAUGGUUCCAUUGGUAAACGGGUACAGGACCCAUCGUACUCCUCCAGUCAAUCAAGGUUCAGCCCAGAAACCAGGGACACCUCUAAACACUCAAUCCGAUUGGGUAUGGAGCGUGCAGGGGGGGAGCCUAAGUGGAAUAACAUCAGCCCAUUGGCUAAUUAUGCCACGACUCACAUGGCUGCUCUGGCAGCUCAACACGGACACACACUCUCCUCACCCCACAGCCAACCUACACAAACACAACUGUCCCCACACACAAGUCACCGGCCCAACAACAACCCACACUCCCACAGCCAUUCUCCCCAGACUCACACCUCCCAACAUGGACAUGGGCGUUCAGGUGAGGAGGGGAGUCAGAGACGCUACCUGGACCCAUCAGCUCUCUACCGACCCGGGGGGUCACUGGUGGCAGGGUCCAGUGGGGGCGAGCGAGCUGGGGGGGCCGAAUCGGACCCCCAGGAGGUUUCAGCCAUGCAGAGUCUGAUCAAAUACAGUGGAAACUUUGCUGCUGAAGGUCCUGGGUCGGCCAGACUCGCCGCAGACGGCCGAGGGCCCUUUGGGGGUCUGGGUAACAUUGGCAUGGAUGGUGAAAGAGAGAGGGACCGGGAAAAAGAGAGAGAGAGGGAAAGAGAAAGGGAGAGGGAAAGGCUAUCAGUCGGAUCUGGUUGUUCAGGGGCGUUGAGGGUUCCUCCCCAGCUGAAGAGGGAGCAGGAGCGGCCGGACAGCGCUCGCUCAUUUGGCCGGGAGGGGGAGGGCGAGGUGCGGCACCCUCCGGUCGGCAUCGCUGUCGCUGUGGCCCGACAGAGGGACUGUGGGAGCAGCAGCAAACCAACCAGUGGACCCUCAGACACACAGAGACCCCUUCUGCAAACAGCUAUUAAAGAUGAGGAGCGAGGGGAGGAGCGCGCUCGCCACCAUGAAGACCGAAUGCUGGUCGGCCGACUGGAGCGUGAGCAGGAGAAAGUGCUCAGAGAGUCCAAAGAGCUGGCGGAGUUCACUCAAAUGCACCCUCCUCCUCUGUCUGGCGGCCUGACGCCCAGUAUGAUGACCCCCAGCCUCAUGAACCCCAACCUUAUGGUGACAGGAGGGGCCGGGCGUUGGCCUCCAGAGCACGCCACUCUGACCUCCCACCCGUGGAUGCCUCGGCCAGGAGGCCCCCCAGUCUGGCUCUCCAGCAGCCCAUACAGCCUCGGUCCCUCCUCACUCCACCAGACCCUCCCUCCAGGUUACCAACCCUCUCUGCAAGGCUCCUUACCUCCAUCUUACCAGUUUGCCAGGGACCCACAGUCUGGGCAGCUAAUAGUCAUCCCUACUGAGCACCUGCAACACUACGCAGGAGGCGAUGUCAUGGAGCGUGGAGGCCCGGUGUGGUCGGGGGUGUACGGUACGGGCAGCUCGCUGCAGCACGCGGCCCAGCUCCAGCUCCUCUCCCAGCACCAGAUGCUACGGCAACAGGAGCUGCUCAUGAUCCAGCAGCACACAGCUCAGGUCCUGGAGCUGCAGAGGAGCGCGCAGUUCGUUGAGCGUUUAAAGGCCAGCGAGCACCGGUCAGACAUGGAAGACAAGGCAGACAAGCGGAACACAGAGCCCAAACCCAGACCCUCCUCAAUAUGCUCCCCAUCGCCUUCACCCGUCCUGCAUCCUCGCAAACCUCCCCGCCCCUCUCGCUCGCCAACACCCUCCACCUCCUCCCUCACCCCGCUGCCUCCGCUCCGCUCGCCUGUGACCACGCUCAAGUCAGAGGAAGCGGGGCAGAGAGUGUUGGUGCACUCGCCGACCCCCCUGCCGCACCCACCUUCCCCCCGCUCUGCCUCGCCGCCCCCGUCUUCGCCACGGCGGCCUAAACAGGAGGUGGCUGAGGAGGAGGUGGGACGGAGGGAGCAGAGGGACAGACAGAAACCGGGCUCUGCCCCCUUUCAGGGCAUCUACCCUGAUGUCCCUCCAGGUUACCCGUACCAGUCUGUCACUGCCCCAUUUGGCUCCCCUUUCCCCGCUUAUCACAUCCCAGCACCUACAGGGACAAACACAGAGCUAGUCCCAGCCCACCGCUCCCGCUCUCCACCGUCAGCUGCCCCUUUGCCCUCAGCACACAUCCAUUCAAGGCUCCUGGACACAGACAUUAAGCCACAGAAACUAGAUCCAUCAAAGACGGGGUCUUUCCUCAAACAGGAACCCGGUGUGGAGCGGCCUCUGCUGGGCGUGGCGCCAGAACCUCUGGGUCCCCUUCGCUGCGGCCCUGUGCGAGCCAGCCAAGACAGAGAGACGGAUGGGGAAGUAUCAAAGCCUCAGCCGCUACCUCUGUACGUCCCCAGUCCUCCACCACAACGAGGUGAAAGGCUGGAAGAAGUCAGGGAGGAAGAGAAGGAACAAAUCAAGAUGGAGGUUUUAUCUUACUCAUGCCAGGCAGCGUAUCCUCCACCCCCUCCACUCACAGAAGCUGAGCCCAAACCCAAGGCCAUCAAGGAUCCAGAGCAAACACGAUACCCACCGUGCAUCACUGCAGAUUCAGACUGUCAGGAAUCGGCUCAGAAGAGUGUUCUUCUGGAGCAAACCGCCAGCGCUGUGUGUGAACAAGAACAACCAGACACUCCAGUUGACUCCCACACUCCCAAUCAGAAAGAACUUGUUCCAGAGACCCCUGUUUAUCCACCUUCCACUUCUAACUCUCCUCUCCCACUGGUGUUCGGCCCUGAGGAUCCCAUGGCAGGGAUGCUCGCCCUGCUGGCAGCCAGCGAGAUGGCCAACUACACCCGCCCCGACACUCCACCCGCCCCAAUACUCCUACCGCAGAUAGAGCUCCUUCCUGUGGGCGCUGACUGCAGCGGCGCGGGGCCUCUGGAGAUGGUGGCCCUUGAGGGGAUGGCCCUGCUCAGCCAAAUGGCCCAGAGAGAGAUGGAGCAAAUCAACCAGGGCCAAAGUCUGACAUUAGAGGGUCUGGAUUGUCUUCUUGAGGCCAGCAGACAGAUCCUGUUGGAGGCCAUAGAGAAACAGUCCCACAUCGAUCUGCCCAGAACUCUGGACCCCAACAAGAAGUACAGCUGGAGGCAGAGGAAGGAGGAGCCGCUGUACAGUAAGAUGUCUGUGGACAUGAUGGACGCAGUGGAAGUGGAGUACCGUGUCCGCCUGGCUGAGCUGCAGAAGACGUACAAGGAGCAGCAGCGAGAGAUGAGCAAGCUGCAGAGACGCAGAGACAAGCAAGAGCGGCUGCAGCAGGAGGAUGAGAGGCGGAGUCUCACCAGACGGGGCAGAGGGCGACCCAGGAAGAGAAAACUUUUGGCCACACCUCCCAAACUGGACAGCAGGCCUGGAAAGGUGGGAAGGACAGUGCAAUACUCUGAGGACUCUGAAGCUGGGGAUGGACAGAGGAAGAGGUUCCGAGUGUCCAGGGAAGAGGAAGAGACGGAGGCAGGAAGUGGAGGAGUGAAGGUGAAAAAGAAGAAAAAGAAGAAGAGCUGGACGGACCAGGAGCCAUCCACCAGUCACGCUCUGGAGGUGUUGAAGGCAAAGCGCAGCCAUGAGUUUGAGCAGGAGCAGCUGGCGUCCGACCUCGACAGAGCGCUCUCGCUCUCGCAGCUCAGCUCGCUCGGCGCGUCCCGCAAACUCGCCUCCACCGCGAAAUUAGACAAGUCGAAGGGCAAGUCCGCUGACGGCCGGAUGAAAGAGCACGGCGUCCACUCCGCUGCCAAAGGAGGGAAACACAAGAUGGCUGCCAAGGCUUCCACUUCAGAGAGCGUCCAGAAGGUGAAAGGUCAGAAGAAGACGUCUUUGUUCUCUCCCAUGAGAUCAGAGCUCAGCAGCUGCUCCAACAACUCCGAUUCAGAGGAGCACAAUUCUGCCCGAGGGGGCUGGCCCCCUCUCUCUGGGACGCAUUCCCAUGGCAACCUGACCAGGAAGAGGCGGCCUGCAUCGUCGCCGACGUCCCUGCUGUCCAGUCAGAAGUCUCAGAAGAAGAAACACAAGCACUUAUCCCUGCUGCUGGAGGAAGCGGGCCUCAGCUCCUCAGACGACUCCUUCGACCAAGAAACCUCCGAGGACGAAGAUGACGAGGAGGAGUUCGAUUCAGACGAUGGCGGCUGCGAGGAGAGCGGGCUGGGUAUGCUGGCCAGGUUUGCGGCUAACGCCAUCCCCGUCAGCUCGACCCCCUUGAGCCUCCUCCAUGAGGGCAAACACCGCAGCAGGCUGAGCACUCUGGGUUCAUCAGAGUGCGAGUGGUCAGACUCAGGCUCAGACUUGCGACUGAGGAAGUUCCCCUCUCUGCUCCACGGAAAACGCUCCGCCCCAGAGCUGCCCCUGUUGCCCCCUGCAACCCGGCGCAGCGACCAGACCAGCCCCACCAAGCGAGAUGAAGCGCCGGUCAAACGCAAGCCCCUGCCCAAACCCCGCCCCUCGCCUAGAUCGCCCCGACGAUUUAGCUUCGACCUCGGCAGCAGCCACGGGUUCGGAGGCUUCAGCGAGGACGAGGCCUGGAGCCGGCGACGCAGCGAGAGGAUUUUCCUCCAUGACGCCACCACCUCAGCGACUCAGUUGUCUGUGUCAGGCCUUGGCUCCAUCAGUCAGAGCUCCUCCUCCUCGUCCUCCAGCUCAGGCCCACCUCUGACCCCGAAGCCCGCCCCCGCCCCCGCCCCCAGACCCAAACCCCCUCCGCCCAGCAAAGAGGGGAAAGACCUGGUGAAGCAGAAGAAGAAACUGAAGGACUCUCCUCUGCCUGUGAGCCCGUCCGUCCUGUGCAGUCCAAUCACCGACGUCCCCGUAACGCUGAGCCUCAGCCCGACGAGGAAGAGCCAACCAAAAACCAAGAUCAAGGCCAGAGAGCCCUCCAGAGGAGCGGUGAGCCGGCUGAUGGAGAGCAUGGCCGCAGACGAGGACUUCGAGCCCAACCAGGACAGCAGCUUCAGCGAAGACGAACUUGUCCCUCCGCGCAGCCACAGUGUAUCAGAGAGGUCCUCCACACCUGCUCCGGUGCAGUGUGUGUUGGAUAAGGACUCUCUGGUGGACGGACUCAGAGUUCUGAUCCCCAUGGACGACCAGCUGCUGUACGCCGGACACGUGAACACGGUGCACUCCCCUGACAUAUACAGCGUGGUGGUGGAGGGAGAGAGAGGAAACCGACCACACAUCUACUGCUUGGAACAACUGCUGCAGGAAGCCAUCAUCGAUGUGAAGCCUCCGUCCGUGCGCUAUCUCCCUGAGGGCACUCGCAUCGCUGCGUACUGGAGCCAGCAAUACCGCUGCCUGUACCCGGGGACCGUUGUCAAUGGAAGUUCAGAUAUUGACGAGAACGACGAUCUGAUCACGGUGGAGUUUGACGAUGGCGACACCGGCCGCAUCCCGCUCUCCCACAUCAGACUGCUGCCGCCCAACUACAAGAUCCACUGUGCUGAGCCGUCCCCCGCGCUGCUCGUGUCCAGCUGCUCCAGGAGGAGAGUCCGCAAGUGCAGCAAAGAGGGAAAAGAAGCCGGAACAAAGCCAGAGGAGACGGCUCCAAAGAUCAAAGGGAAACCUGGUCGCAAACCCAAACCCAAACCAGAAACCUCCAUGACCCCGGACGGCCGAGAGAAAACCGAUCCUCCUCCUUCCUCCUCCCAACCUGCAGAGAGACCCCAGCCCGCAGAGAGACCCCAGCCCGCAGAGAGACCCCAGGCUCCAGCUAAACCUGCCCAGGACAGGACCUCCUCGGUUCAGAAGACAGGUCAAGAGAAGCCGCGCCCUGCAUCCCGGCCGACAAUGGGGACGCAGGCAAAACCAGCCCGCAAAAGCUCCACCACGUCCCCCACAAGUAGCCCGACCCUCCCCAGCCCGGUGUCCAGGAAGAGCAGCUUGACGCCUGCUUCUAAACCAGCUCGGGCUCUUCCUCCCUCCCUCUACCCGUCCACUUACGGAAAAGUGCUGACUGUGGACCUGUACAGCGAGCCCAACCUCAGCUCCUACAACAACCAGCGCAGAGAUAGAGAAAAUACCAGCAGUGUCAGUCCCACCACCAACAGACCCAUGUCCAGACCCAUGGGCACGUCUACUGGGACCAAGCCCAGUUCCUCAUCCGCGGCCAGACCCACCUCUGCCUCCACAGCCAAAACCAAACCCUCCUCGGACCAUCACGGCGGCUCCAGACCUAGCCUCAACUCUGGACUCCUUCCCAGCCCCAUCUCCAGGCUAUCAACAUCCAAACCUGGCUCUUCUCUGGCCCCUAGACCUUCAUCAUCCUCAUUGUCUUCUUCAUCCAUCCCAAGACCCAAACUAAAGAUACCGUCAGACCAGCUGUCCUCCAGCUCCAGACCCAGCUCCAUCUCCAGGCCCAAGCCCAGCGCAGGGCAAAGUGACGGCGGAGGCUCGGCAGUGAGGCGAAAGUCCCUGUCUGUGGAGCCCCUUGUGAAGCUGGACCACGAAGGUGUCACCUCGCCCAAGACCAAGAAGACCAAGGCUCUGAUGUUGCUCGAGGGUCGAGGCAUCAGACGAGAUCACGCCCCCAUCCCAACGGCCUCAGCCAAUCCAAAAGUGAUAAAAGCAAAGCCAAGAGCUCCAGAUAGAGACACGGGUCUGCCAGAGAAAGACUCCAGCUACAAAGCACCGAUGCUGGUGAAGGAGAAGACGGACAGUCGGGGAGGUGGUGGAAGAGGACAGGAGAUAGACACCAGAGAGGAGAAAGUUAAAAAAGAGGAAAGAAAGGAGGUGGAGAAAAGAAAGGAGAGAAAGAUGAAAGAGGUGUCUCAGAGUAGCAGCAGCUCAGAGUCAGAAGAAGAAGGUGACAAAAGGAAGAUGAAGAAAAAGAAGAAAUGCACCUCAAGCUGCUCGUCCUCAUCUUCAUCCUGCUCUGGUUCCUCCUCAUCUUCUUCAUCGUCUUCGUCCUCAUCGUCCUCUUCCUCCACUGAUGACACGUCCUGCAGCUCCGAUGAAGAGAGGACGGCUUCACCUCCACCAGGCCCCGUCUCCACACCUCCGGCACAGGACAAGUCAAAAGAGGAGACUAAAAAAGAAGAGGAAGAGGAGGUGAAGGAGGAGGCAGAGAUAAAAAUGGAGGAAGAGGAGGAACUAUCACCUCCCUCAGAAUCUCCCUCCCCGUCAACCUCUCCGACUCCUGCCCACGCUCCCUCUAAACCUGGUAAACCAGCCACCGGGAAGGGCUCCGGCCAAAGGGGUCGUCCUCCGAAACCGAAGCCCAGUGGAGGAGAGGGGAAAGUGGGGAGACCAAAGCGGAGAGAGGGGGUCCACCUCCCCACCACCAAGGAGCUGGCAAAACGUCAGAGGCUUCCCAGUGUGGAGAACAGGCCCAAAAUCUCUGCUUUUCUUCCAGCCAGACAACUGUGGAAGUGGUUCGGGAAACCAACUCAGAGACGCGGCAUGAAGGGCAAGGCGAAGAAGCUCUUCUACAAGGCCAUCGUUCGCGGUCGAGAGAUGAUCCGCAUCGGCGACUGCGCCGUGUUCCUGUCGGCGGGCCGGCCCAACCUGCCCUUCAUCGGCCGCAUCCAGAGCAUGUGGGAGUCGUGGGGCAGCAACAUGGUGGUCAGGGUCAACUGGUUCUAUCAUCCAGAGGAGACGAAUCCUGGGAAGAAACUCAUCGACAAGAAGAACUGGGAUCAUAUGUGUGGUCAGUCUUUACCGGCAGCGCUGCACUCUUCUAUCCAGAGGAAAGACUUCAUGGAGCGCGCCCUGUACCAGUCGUCUCACAGCGACGAGAACGACGUGCAGACGGUCAGCCACAAGUGCCUGGUGGUGAGUGUGGACGAGUACGAGCAGAUGACCCACACGCGCCGCUACGCCGACAGCGAGGACCUCUACUACCUGGCCGGCACCUACGAACCCACCACUGGCAUGAUCUUCAACACUGACGGAGUCCCGGUCAUCUGCUGAAAAAAACUAAUUGUGACCCGACCUACCGACCUUGGACCUCGCAAGCCCGACCCACGGUCUAAUCACUGAUCUCACGAUUGAGGUUUUGGCUGCAGUGACUCGACGAGCGCCACCACUCCAUGUACCAUGACGCGCUUCAACCUGACUGUCACGAACAGCCACCACCACCACCACCACAGACACGGGAGACACUACAGACAGUAUUAAAAAGGAACAAGUCUCCUGAAACAUUUGCACACACAGACUCCAUCGUCACAAACUGUUUUCACUCGUUGUCGUGUUCGCGGGAACGUUUCAGAACACGCGCGAGCACUUCAGUCACCUUCUACGUGUAAAUAUACUCUGCAUAAAACACACUUACGCCCACAUGCACAGACACGUGUAAAUACUCACCUCAUGUAACACACACACACACAAAGUUAUAUAGAGGAGAAUAUGAGUGUUUUAUUUUCAUGUAACAGAUUUAUGUCAGAGUACUUUUUUCUAUAAGAGGUAAACCGUCGAGAAGCUUUAAUGAACUGUGAAUGGUGAUACAGGAGAGAGGUGUCCGUCCGUCAGUCCGCCCGACUGUCUUCCUCCGUCCCGGCAGGACAGACAGACGGGAGGACGGACGCACACACAUGCCGGUGGUGUGACGUUGUGAUUCUGAUGUUGCCGUGGUGAUGUUACAGUCAUGUUACAGUCAUAUAAAUGUAUCUACAGAACAGCAGGAGCGACGGACAGAUGCAAAAAAAAGGAGAGAGAUGCACAGAAAGAGAGAGAGGUAGAGAGGUAGAGUUGCAAUCCAAAAGAGAGCCCUUAUUAAAAACACUUAAAAUCUACCCUCCGUUAAUUUAACCCCCUUCGAUUCCCCCCCGUGACAAUCCUGAAACCCGAGCAGGAAAAUCGGUCCUGGCGAGACUAGAACUUCUGACUCCCUCAGAGACUCAGGCUGAAGAGAGAGGAAGGAACCUUGUGCCGUGAAAAAGCACUUCUCAUUUUAAUCUUUUGAGUUCCUUACGUUAAAGGAAAAAUCCACCCGGGAAUAAUUUAAACACUAUUUUUUACUCCUUGUCUCGCCUCUUUUGCACCGAGGUUGAACAACAACAAAGGGAAAAGUGGAUCUUUUAGAGGAGGCGCCAGUUUUCUGCUUCUGGGGCGUAGGAACAAAAAUUAUUUAGAGGAAGAAGAAAAAUGGGGUAAACUUCAACACUUGCAAAGUAACUCCACGAAUGUACGGAACGAGACGAGCUGGUGCAUUAACAGUGUACGAGUCCCCGAGGUGGAUUUUUCCUUUUUCUUUAAGGUGUUUUCAGGGUCGUAAACACUCGCAGCCUUUCCCAAGAUGCAUCAAGGUCGUGGCUCUGAUGUUCAGUGUAAAGCUGCCAGCACUGAUUUGAUCAACACAAUUAAAUUUUUUUUACCGCUCAUCCUCUCGCAGUUCGGCCUCACGCGCUCAGUGCGGCUGCGGUGUUUGCGACCUCUAAGUGUCCCGUGUUGGAUGUGUUUUAUAUUUCUUUUGCUUCUGCCGUUUUAUGGACGUCCAUCCGACCCUCUUACGAUCACAUUUCGCCCUCCAAGCUCCUAUUUGACAUGAGUGCACUUUGAAUUAGCUCUGCUGCAGAGGAGUGUUGUAUACGUCUUCCUAGAGUAUUUGCUAAAACCCCACAUCUCCCCUUUUUCCUCCACACACACACACAGACAGACACACACACACACGUCCACAUCCCUUCCUACACCUUGUUCUUUUUUCGGCUCUCUCAGCUGCUUAUGAAUUUUUUUCUACGUGCCUAGUUUAACCGUUUUUUAGGGUGAGACUGUUGAAUGUUGUGCUCAGGGUUGUGAGCGUUUGGGUGGCCUUCACUCUCCCAGGCCUUGUGAUGACGAGUCACCAAACCCCUCGUAGGUUCGGCACCCCCCCCGUUCUCCCGCCGUUACCCUCGGCUCCUCGAGGAGCUGGGGGGGGGGGAAAUCGGACUGGUAUUUUCUCCAGUCUGCUGACGUAGGGAAACACAGUUGUUCUGAAUGAUUUCGAGUUGAAACAACCCUCCGUUCCUGAACUCUUAACCCACUUGGCUACACUAUUGUGUAUAGAGUGUAUCAGAUAUAUGAGUAUACAGUAAAUGCUGUAUAUACGGUUUAUAUCUGUGGGUAUCAUGUUGAUUUUUCUUGUAUGUUUCUUACCACGUUGCCGUCUCUCUGCGUCACUGCAGAGACUGAAGAUUGUCUUGUUGAUAUUCAAUAGGUUUAAUGUUUUCUACUCUCGAGAUCUUUUUGGUUUUUGUCUGGAUUUGUCUGAUUUUAUUUUAAGGAUAUAUCAUAGUUUUAUUCACGCUGACACGUCUGGAGGACGACCCAAGAUGUUGAUGUCGUUAAUGGGACAUUUUUCGCAGAUAAAAUGACAAAUGACGUCCGCCAGCGUUUCAUGCCACGAUGGCGACCCAGUAAAAAUAAUGUUGGUGAUCCGCUGACUCUCAGAGCUGAAAGUGGUUGAGCAGGUACAGAGUCGCUUUUUAUGUUUUCUGACAUUACACGAUGCCAGAAAAUCAUAUCCGCUAAAGCCCCAGCUGCUCCUCCAGCUGCUGCUCGUGUUGGGCACACAGGAGUCGGCUGUUUGAAACCCACGUUCCUGCAGACAGUGGAUCUCCGGCUGGUUCCUCAGCUGUGGGGGUGAACCCGGUAGACACGUCGUACCUGUGUUUGCAGAGUGAACGAGUUAAAGUGCCCAGUUAUGAAUCUUUGUUUACCCCUGGAGCUGCUAAAGCACUUUUUUUGUCUGUGUGUGAGAGAGACACACACACACACACACACAUCACACUCUUAUCCCCUUAUAUUAUCACUCACUCACACUCACAGGGUGAAUUUGGGUGAUCUGGUACAAUGGGUGCUGAUCUAACAAAAUGUAAUCAACACCAGUUUUACUGCAGAUUUGACACAGACGUCUGUGACAAGUAAUUUUAAAGUUAAAAAUCGGUCAUAAAUAAGAUAAUGUUCCUAUUUGUUAUCAGAUUGUGUCGUCGUCCAUUCAAGCAAGUAAUAAUAUUAAUGAAUUUUAUUUCACGUCACCUUUCAAGUUGCCCGAGGACACUUUAAAAUACAUAAAAAAUAAACAAAGUAAAUGAAUUAAAGUGUUGGAAAAGUGUUUUGUCCCGUUUUAUAAAAUGUAUAUAAACAAUUUAAUCAAAUAUACAUUUUAAAAUGUGGGAUCACUAUUUAAGUUCUCUGCUUGUUCUUUAUUAAAACAUAUGACUCCUUACAUGUUUAUAUGAAUAAUUUCCUUUUUCCUAUUCUUUCCUUAUCAGUCUUUCAUGAUGCUUUUUAAAACGUGUUGAUACAGAACUUUGGCCUGUAUUAAGAUUCAGGCUUUUUCAACUUCUCAGAUUAGAAAGUGAAACAUCCCAGAUCAGCAAAUUCAGUUAAAUAUCGGAAUAGGUUGCAGAAGUAAAAAUGUGCAAACGAUCACCCAAAUUCUCCCAACACGUCUUUAUAACCCUUAAAGUGAGUUAUUGCCUUCCGAUGUCUAUAAACCCACGAUCUCCAUCCAAAGUCCAGCCUUAGGCCUUCAAACAGGGUCCAACACACACACAGACACACACAUAUUCCCCACAUAGCCUUCAUUUGGUGUCGUAUAUGUUCUGUCUAUCACCGUUUAUAUGUUUCACUUUUGGUCUUGGUCUGAUUUAAUUUUUCUCAUCUCCUUUUUGGUUAUAACAUUUUUUUUCGCUUCCCCUCUCUGAACAAUCGUCCAGGCCGCUCCAGCAAAUUCUGCUGACAGGCACCGGGAGCUAGCUGCUAGAGAGAGAGAGAGAGAUGGAGAGAAGAAUGGGAGAGAGAGAGAGAGACAGAGAGACAGAGAGAGAGAGAGAGAGAGAGAGAAGAAGAGUGGGGGAGAGAGAGAGAGAGAGAGAGAGAGAGGUGGACUGGAGGCUGGUUCUUCGUCUGCUGUUCCUUCGGUAUCGUUAUCGUCCUGUUACAGAAAAAAAAAUAAAGAUUAUUUUGAAAAUAAAAUAGAAAAAUCAUCUAAGUUUUGUAAAUGACUCUUCAGCGUUGAGGGGAGAAAAAGCAGAAUAUACUUUGUACACGUCGAAUCUUGUAAAAAUGCAAAAAGAAAACAUUUUAGGGAUGAAUCUGAAACCAGAUCUAUUCUGUCGCUCUAUACUGUACGUGUAUGUAUUUCUUUUUUCUUUUUUUUUUUUUUACAGACAGCAACCAUGUUUAUCAGUGUUUCUUUUAAAUUGUUUUAGUAACUCAGUAUUUUAUAGUUAAUCAAUAAACAGAUGGAACUGUA